AUGGGAUGGGGAUGGGCAGGGGGAGGAGGGGGUUGCAGUUGCAAAGUGACCGAGUGGUGGGGGGUGUUACGAUGGUUUGGCAAAGUGAGCUUCCUCGUCUGUUCCGUCGUGGUCACUCUCACUGCUAUGACCCUGUGCAUCGUGUCCUCCAUAGUGUCCCUUCUUCAGCUGAAGGUGGCCAUGAACACGCCACUCAACGUCAACAAAGCAAUCAAAGUUGACAAAUACGAGCCACCGGCAAUACUCAUUCUGGGCAAUGGGAUUCAACUCUACGAGUGUCUCUUCUCCCAAUUCCGACACAACGUCAAAGCCACCGACGAGGACCCCGAAACGACCUACAACACCUUCGACUAUUUGCAACUCCUAAUCGACGAAGACUGCGACGCCAGACCAGUUGAGUUUGUACUCACUUUGGAAGAUUUAAACAAUCACCCAGAAGCACUGAGCUCGUUCACAGACUGGGUUCAGAAGAACCUCAUCACCACCAUAGACACCUCGAGAUGCGAUGAAUCAUCGACUGAUGAGUCAUCGCGAAGGCACCGCAGGAGCAACCAAAAAGGCAAUGAGUCAUUGGCAUCCACAAAGGUAUCCCAACAUCCUCGGCGGAAAAAGAGGGGCGUGGAUGAGUCCUUGGCAACAUCGUCAACGACAUCUCCCCUGCACCCCCCGUUACUUCGUGGGAAGCGGGACAGUUUUGAUGACAAGGCAGAAUGCGGCGGCGAGUGUGGCUUCUUGUGGGAUUGUUCCAACCAGCCGGACGGGUGUGCUUCAAAAGUGGCAGUGUUUGACAACUGUUUCAACCCACACACUCCCUAUGUAACGGAGGAGCCCUGCUUAACCGUGUACAGCUGUCUGAGUGGGAAUGUGGUGCUUCCCAACCAGUGUGGCCACUACAUCAAUUGUAUGACCCUAGAGUCCAUACACGAGCAGGAGUGUGUGGACGUGGCUGACUGUUUCCACCACCUGAACAGGACCCUGGACAACUGCCACAGUGUGUUCCAGUGUCUGGAGGACCAGAUAGAACACAAGUGUGAGGACCCCCUGACGACUACAGAUGUCCCUAUGAACUUGAGUGAAGAUGAGUUGGAUGAUGUGUGCGCGGGGUUGGACAGAAUCUUGGCGGAUGACCCCUCUCUCGAGGGACAGAAAAACGAACCCCUCUCAAUCAUCCUGUUCAAGGGUCCCACCGAAUACGCCACCCGCGACUUUGCAUUCACUUCCAUUCGUUUGGGAGAGGCAGAGCGGGGGGCGUGGGUGGCAAUGCACCCCUCCUUCUCAGAAGUUGCCGCUCUGUUGGAAAGCAGUGAGAAGCUGGACUUCCUCCUGUUCGCCAUCGAAACUCUCCGCUGGACUUUCGCCGCCAGAUUCUCCAAAAGCAUUCACUUUAUAUCCAGGGCUAUGUGAUCACGAAUAACAAGUUCAUCGGGGUGACUGUUUGGGAUGCAUUUGCAAUUGUGGCUAACACACUGUUGAUGUUGGAGAGGGCCUGGCUGACGUGGGGCAGGUUGAGCAAGAAACUGGUCAACACCAAGGCCCAGAUUUAUCUGGAAAAGUACAAGGAGGGAUCGCCAGAGUACAAACUUAUCAAGAGUAUUUUGGAGCGGAGCAGCAACGUGUUAAGUGCUCUGUGGGCAUUCAACAAGAUCAAGAAGGUGACGAGGAACAUAGAGAGACUGGCGAACAAAAGGAAGUUGGUGGAGGACCAGGAGAGGAAGAGAGAGGAGAAGCGGAAGAGGAGGAUGAUGACAAAGAUUGCUCUCAAGUACAACAUCUGGCUCGAAGAAGUGCAAGAUCUGGAAGCGCAGCGCUUCGAGGAGUGGUCCAUCCUGCGGAAGAUGAUGAAGGGCGGGGACCUGGAAGACGCCCAGUGGAAACAACACCUGUUCCAAUCAGAGCAGGACAAGAUGAAUGCCCUUCUGGAACAUAUUGAGGCCAAAAACGACAGACAGACUUCAGGGGUGUCCAGAAGGUCAAGGUCUCACGGACCCAGGUCGAAAUCGGGCAGAGGGUCCAGACAGAUCCCGAGUCCAGGCUCACUCAAUACUACCAGCUCCAGACGAAAUUCGCCGGAUGUGGAUGAUAACGAGCCCCUUGUGAGCAUGGCUAGCCGCGUGAAAGCCGCGGACACCCGAAAACUAUGCAGUCGCAGGGUGAACGCCGCCUUUCAACUGCAAGACGCAGUCGACUCACGACAACACGAGAGCGACAACCCGAACAGUUCAGCCAGCGACAUAGACCGAGAACGAAACCCCUGGAGUAAGAGGAAAGUGAGCAGGGGUCCGCCAAAUCUUCCCGGACAGGCGACGGACUCCGGUGGCGGAACUAAGAAUGAAGUUCUGGCGGAGUAUGAAGACUGGGUGAAAGAGUGGAACCAAAAAAGCCACGGUGAAAUAGUCAAAUGAAAAGGCAAACAGGCAACUGGUUCAUUCGACAACUGAGACUCAACAAGAUCGCUCUCACAUUAUUAAUUCGACAUUAAGUAAUGA